AUGUCUCAAGGCGAGCGCGUAGCUUCGCGCAUUGUGGUCUGGACUGCAUUAGUCGUUCCAUUUCUCGUUAUUGGUAUCGCUACUUACGAGAGCUAUCUUCUCAUCGGACAAUUCGCAGCCAAUUAUCUCCUCCGACAAGGUCGUGACGGCCCUGCCAUUGCUAUCAUCGUAGUGACUGUUAUCCUUUAUUUUGCAUGGUUUCUCCCGUACUUCCGUAUCCUUUCGACCCUCGGCACCAACCCUGGGCUGAUACCAUUCGGUCCCGAUGAUGCCUCACCUCUUUCGUACCGCGGCGGCCUGGACGAAUUCUACAAUAAAGCUGCUUACAUCUGUGUCUCGGUGGACGAAAAACUGCCGAUAUGGUGCUAUACAUGCAAAAACUGGAAACCUGAUCGCACCCACCAUUGUUCUGAGCUAGGACGUUGCGUGCGCAAAAUGGAUCAUUUCUGUCCUUGGGUCGGCGGGUGUCUUGGGGAAACGACAUACAAGUUCUUCAUACAGUUCUUAGCAUAUGCGUUCCUAGACUGCCUGUUCUGCCUAAUCACUUCAGCGGUUUUGGUGGCGGAGAGGAAGCGAGUCACUGGCAGCAUACCAGGUCAAUGGGUUGUCGCGAUUGUGCUUCCUGCCGUAUUUGGCUUCUUCUGUUUCGGAAUGUUGGCCACGCAUAUCCCCAUGCUCCUUGCGAAUCGCACCACGAUUGAAGUUCUGAACAAGAGCCAUGUUGUGCAUUGGCUGGCGAUUGGAACGGGCGCGGAUCGGGUAGCGAAGAACACUUCCCCGGGAGAGAACGUGUGGGAUCUUGGACCGCUCCUAAAUUGUAAGCAGGUCUUGGGAGAUUCAUACGUCGAUUGGUUCUUGCCCAUUCGUAAUAGUCCGUGUCUAAAGAAGGACGCGGAGGGGGAGUUUGUGUUCGGACCUGUUGUGCAGAGAUUGCGCGGCGAGUCUGGCCUUGAGGAGAAGAAGCCAGUUUUAUAA